AUGGCGCCCCUAAUCCAACACGAGGAGCAACGGGUCCUUCCUGCCGGCGCCACGGGAGGAGAUGAGAUUUCGUCGGCGGGGAGCCAGCAUACUGCUCAAUUAUCUGUCCACCCGAUACCCGAGUUGCAAGGACCGUUUGACGAGUCGAUAUCAGAGGCUGUUGGAGGUACUGGGAGUAAACGGGUGGUCAAUAUCGAUGCGCAGACACGACGCAGGAAUCUUCUCGAAAGCGCCGAGUAUGAGCGGCUAUGCGGCCGAAAAUGGCCUCAACGGGCUGGUGGGAGGUAUCAUCCGAUUUGGAAACUCACCUCGCAGAUGUUAUUUGGCGUUCACCUCCUCGUAAGAGGGCUUGCGAAAUCAGACACCGAGGUGUUGAGGAUUCUUCAGAUCCACGUGGAUGAAGUGGAUGGCUUCCUGGGCAGGACGACGGAAGACUUCCUGAUCGUCGAGGUCGACGUAUACACGCGCAUGCAAUACCUGAGCCUACCUCUCCAGAAUCUAAAUACUUUCGAUGAGAUGCUAGAAGACCGCCUAUUUCGCCUUUCCAUGCUCGACUACAACGACAAGAUUGAGCAUGCAAUCCAACGUUUCACAGCCUCUAUCGACGACAGCCUAAAAGACAUCCAGAAAGGAAAAGCGGCUAUCAGGGCUCUCUGGAAGUACCUCUACCAAGCAGAAAAGGAGUAUGAACUCUCAGGAUACAUGGCCGCCCUUGUCAGCGCCAUGCUAUCCAACGCAGAGGGAUGGAAUGUGGCCUUUUCAGACCUGCGACGCAAAGGACUCAAGCUCCAAGCCGCGCUUGCUAAACUCUCCCUGGCCAUCACCGAAAUGCAGCGGCGCAUAGGGGUAGCGAGUCGCAAGAAACUGGUCCAUCAACAGACCGAACGGGGAUCCAUGCCGAUGCCGCGUCUGACUUCGCGGCGGUCUUUCAGUGGGAGGUUUUUCGAGAGACCCAAAACGGCUAUUGAAAAGCCUUUACCAUGCGAUCCGAUUCCUUCAAGGUCUGCCAACGGCACGCCGCAGCCUAUCGAGAGUCGUGAUAGGCAAAGGCAUGGUUCGGGGUCCAGAGCAGACAAAGAACCAGCGAGACGCUCCAGCAUGAGUGCUUCCCAACCAACAAAACAUACAGACAAAGCCACGCACCACGUCAAAUCCCAUUCAUUCAUCCCAGGCAUGCAGCGGAGCAUCGUCAAGCGACUCUCAAAGGCCAAACUAAGCCCAAUGACAUGCGCAGAUGACGAAGUCGACCACCCGCCGAAAAGACCAACGACUGCGCCCUCACCCAGGCGAUUAAAGGCGCGGACUAUCUCCAUGGAACAGCUGAAGUCAUUCCGGUACCCCAGAAAAGAACCACACUCAAAUCCAAUGACACCACCAAUGCCAACGCAACACGAACGACAACCCACCGCGUCCCAAACACACACUCGACAAGAGACGAUGAAAGACCAGCUCCUCCACUACCUGAAAUCAGACCGGGUAGCAGACGCCUGGGAGCACACAGUCCGAAAAGAGAAGAAAGGCAUCACCCGGCGUGUCUCACAGAUAAAGCUCAACGGCCCACUCAGCGCAUUUCGCACGAGGCCAUCAACAGCCCUCGGGAGCCCCGGAAAGCCACAGACAACGUAUCUGGCAGACGGGUCGAAGAUACACACAUCGAGCCUUCAGAACGGGCUCGAAGCUUUCGAUACUACUACCUACCCGCUGAAGCCAAAGCGCGAUGACUCCGCUCCGCGAAUACACGUUCUUUCGCUGCAGAUGACGCUGGCUCAGGAGUCUGAGCGGAAGGAGAACGGCCACCGGCGCAACAAUAGUAAUAAUACUGAAAUCACGUGGGAUGCACAGUCUGUUAUAACUGCGCUUCCUUCCGUGCCGCCUACUAUACCCGAGGGACCUCCAAAGAGUCGUACACUCUCCGGCUGGAGGCAUUAA